CACAUCAGAGCAACUAGGUUUUGCAUUCGACAGAGUUCUGAAAUAUCAUACUGAUUUCCAAGAAUUUGUUGAUGUUGACAGAAACACAGCAGUCAAGAACUUUGACAGAUUUCAGAUCUUCAUGUCAAGCACAGAAGCACUACCCCAAACAAAUGCUGGAGAGGCCCAUCAAAUUCAGCAUGUUCCAGUGCUAAAUGAAUCGGGAGGCCUGCAGUCUCUACUUCAAAGCAAAGCACCAGAGAUACUUGAAGAACACAAGAAAAGAGGAACACUUAAAAUAGAGUCAAGGAGGCUCCUUGUCAAAGUAUGCAUCAGUCACUUGGUGGAGAAGCAUGGAUUUUACCCACCAAAUGCUGAAAAACUUGCUCUAGCAAAGAGUAUCAUCGACAGUUUCCCAUCCUUGAAGGUUCAGAUCGAAGGAAAAGGAGAUGGAUUUGAGCAUUUUUAUGAUCCAUCAUCCCAUUCUGGAUUCUUGGAAAUGAGACUGCGUAACAUCCGUCGUAAGCUAGAAGCAGGUCAGCGUCGUUACACAAAGCGCAAGGUGAGCUGCGACAACAGACCAGAGUCAGAACAGGAACAGGAUGAGAGCAGUGUGACCAGUGAGUGGAUCACCCUCAUGAAACGGCUAAGGCACUCUUCAGAGAACAUUUCUUCAAUCAAGUCAGCAAUGGAGAAGACAUACACUAGGCGUAGAUCAUGGAUAUCAAAGGAGACUCCCACAAUGGCUGAAAUCUUCAGCGAAUACCCACGCUUCUUGGAUAUGCCGAGUCUGCUGGAUAUCGAGUUUGGCAAAAUGAUGGAUGGAAAGACUGACCUGUUCAUCAGACGAUGGGAAGCCAGCAUCAUUCCAAAGUUGAAAGCUGUGGCUGCCAUUGAAAGAAGUGAUGUUGCAUCUCUUACAGAGAGGAUGGAAGACCAAACAGAUGAUGAGAAGUGCUACACAAUGCUGGUUGUCCUCACACAUCUUCUGCCACCAUUACCGGGGAGUCGCUGCAGUGUUAAAUCUGCAAUUUCAUUUCUACUGGAUUUUGUACCGCCUGGAACCAGCAUUGCAUCCCUCUGCAGCGAACCCAAGAUGGCAUCAAGGACCCAACCACAGCUGAUCUGCAUCGGCAAUCUGAAGAGCACAACACGGCAGUACAUCAUCGUCGCGAGAAAUGAUGGAGUGACCAUUCCUGUAGAUGGAGGCCUGACAUGUGCCGUGGACAAGCUAUUCAAGCUCUACUGGGUGUGCAACUUGUCCUAUCCACCACAACUCAGCUCUGUGUUCACCUUCCUUGAAUACAUCUACGAAAUGACCAUCUCAACCAAAAGGAGAGCCAAGGUACUAGAGCUUAUCUCUAAGCUUCAGCUUGCACAGUAGAUCACAAGAGAAUGUACACAUGUCCAAUGUGCAGAC